CUUAGGCUAGGCAGGACUCUAGCCUCUAUGACUUGAUGCGUAUUGGUGCAAAUAUUUGCUGCAGCGGUGUGGGACCUACUUUCAAUGCUGCUGGUUCUCUGUUGCCAUGGAUGUUGCAGAAGAGAAACAGUCGUGGCGAAGCGUGACUUCAGGCCAAGCUGCGCGUAUAGAUCGGUUCCCUGACGAGAUUCUGCUCUACGUUUUCCUUCUUAGUCCUGGACAUCUGGUAGAGAGUCUCCCAAUGCAAAAUCUAUGCAGAUUUCGCCAAUCCGUGUCAACUACUUGUCGUCGAUGGAGGGCAAUUGCGCUGCGAAUCUCCAAAUACUACCCGACGAUGGCGGAAGUCUUCCUAAGCCGCUCUCGUUUCGCUCCUCUUCGAAUACGUCUGCAGACAGGCACCUGCUGUGAUCGUUCCAAAGUUCAAGAUUGGAUAACAUGGACCGAUGUUAUCACUUGAGAGUUUAUCAAUGCCCUCACUUGUCUUAAUGUCACAGCUCCAGAUUCUUGAGUUGUCGGAAGGUUUUCUAUUUGACUCUUCUGCGAUUGGUUUCCCACUGUGAGACCGUCUCCGAGAAACUCAAUAUAGCCAUUUCUCCGGCAUAACUCAUUUGCGCUUUUCCGAUUUGGAAUAUCUUGGAGCUGGGGUGGGAAAUCUGAUCAAUACGUG